CCCCUGCUGCAGACAGAACAAACUGAGUUGAACCAGUGGGAUGAACCCGUUGAACCCAAACAGAACGCAUUACAUACUCCACAACACUAAGUGGCAGUGUGGCUCCGCGUGUGUGUGUGUGUGUGUGUGUGUGUGUUUGCACGAGUGUGUGAGUGUGCUUGAAAAUCAGUGAGGCGCAGGAGCUGCUGCUCAGUCGGCGGCGCCACUUUCACACCGCGGCGCAGUUUGUCGCCGAACAUGCGCCAUGCCCUCUCCGAUUCCCGUGACGCGCCUGCUGCCCAAAGACAUCUACCCGUCGCUGGACCUGGGGACGUGCAGCAGCCCGCUGACCAGACCCUCCCACGGCGGCGCCACCAGCCUGCAGGUGCCCGUGCAGCGGCCGCACGGCAGGGUCGCCAGCCGGCUCUGGUCCUCCGUGAUCCACUGGAAGGAGCUGCGCUGCGUGCGGCCCGUGGGCUCCGGCGGCUUCGGCUCCGUCUACAGGGCGGAGUACCUCGGGCAGACCGUGGCGCUGAAGCGCGUCAAGAAGUGCGCCAAGAACAAGCUGGCGUCGCGGCAGAGCUUCUGGGCCGAGCUGAACGCGGCGCACCUGCGCCACGGCAACGUCGUGCGCGUCAUCGCGGCCACCACCUGCGUGCCGGCGGACUUCGGCGAUGAGGGCAGCAUCGGCACGGUGCUGAUGGAGUACGUCGGGAGCCGCGACCUGCAGCAGGUCAUCUACGGGUGCGCGGAGCUGGGCGAGGACCGGUGGCUGCGCUACGCCGCGGACAUUGCGCGCGGCCUGAGCUUCCUCCACGCGCACGGCGUCGUGCACCUGGACAUCAAGCCCGCCAACGUGCUGGUGUCCGACGCGGACGUGUGCAAAAUAGUGGACUUCGGCUGCUCCGUCAAGCUGGACCGAGGGUGCGACGCGGGCGCCGUCGCGCCGCACCUGAGCCACGUGGGCGGCACGUACACGCACCGGGCGCCGGAGCUGCUGAAGGGCGAGGCGGUGUCGCCCGAGGCGGACAUCUUCUCCUUCGGGAUCACCCUGUGGCAGCUGGCCACCAGGGAGCAGCCGUACACCGGCGACCGGCAGCACGUGGUGUACGCGGUGGUGGCGCACGACCUGCGGCCGUCCGUGCGGGCUCACCCGGUGUUCGGCACGGCGCGCGGCCGCCUGUGCGCGACUCUGCUGGGCCGGUGCUGGAGCGGCGACGCGCGCUGCAGACCCAGCGCCCAGGAGCUGCUGCCUCACCUGGAGCAGCUGCGCUCCUCCCGGACAUGAGGGUUUCACUGAGAUGUCAAGUUUUAGGCGAGUUUUAAUGAUGAUGCUGUCCUGCAGCCUCACCCCCUUUAAAUUCCCCCCCUAUGGUCACAUUUGUGCCGAACCCCAUUCAAAAAGUACACAAUUUAAGUGCCUUGUUGUUCAAUUGCGUAAAUGGAAUGUGCCUCACGAAAUGCAAUUCGUCAGAUGACCACUAAAGGGUGUCCUCUUCAAUUCGGCACAAAAAACAGCAGAGAUUUAUUUGUCCAUCACUUAUUCUGCCUGAAUUAAUGCAUAUUUAGUUGCAAUCAGUCUCCAGUGAAAUGUAUUGUGACUAAUUGAAGUGGCACAUUGCGCAGUUUCCCUUUUCUUCCUGUGAGGCUCAAUUGUGCCUCAGAGGAACGUUUUUGAAAUUUGUGCUUUAAUUGAGUGGAAUCUGGUGCAAAGUCAAAAGUCAUCAGCUGAGGCAGUCUAGCAGGUGGCUGAUGCACUCUUCUUCAAAUGCAGACUACAAGUUUCCACUCACCGGUGGUUAAAUGUGUGUGCAAAGUUGACAAGCACAACAUAUUUCUCUUUCCUCUAAAUAACACUUACAAAACAAAUCAUAUCUGAAGUUGCUGUUAAAGUCCGGAUUUUGUUUUAGCCGCGUUUGGUUCUUAAUGUGUAGAAUCGAAAUAGGUUGUGAAGUGGAGCUUUAUUCGCCCCCACGGUUGUAAUGUGAGAUUUAAAGAGUGUGAUUUGUGUGUUUUCAUUAAAAUUAUUUUUAUACAAUGUG